AUGUUACCCUGUUCAAACCUUACUGUUGUCCUCUGUCUUCUGCAAAUCUUCAGCAUCACUGCUGACAUAGACAGUGGCUCCUUCCUGAUCUACAAUGAAAACCACAACAAGUGCAUAAAAGUGGAGAGUGCCACCUCAUUAACGGUGGCCCAGUGCAAUCCUCAUGCCAAAGAGCAGCAGUUCCGUUGGGCCUCUGAAUCACGGAUCCUCAGUUUGUCCCUCAAGCUCUGUCUUGGGGCUACAGAGAUUAAAGACUGGGUGAAGGUGGUUCUCUUUGAAUGCGAUGAGAAUAAUGACCUUCAGCAUUGGCAGUGCAAGAAUGAGACCCUCUUUGGCCUCAAAGGCCAGGACCUACACCUAAACUGGGGUAAUCGAAACGAGAGGAGCAUAAUGAUCUACAAGGGUUCAGGGCUCUGGAGCCGCUGGAGGAUAUUUGGCACACGGGGUGACCUUUGUUCGAAGGGGUUUCAAGAGAUUUUCACAAUAGGGGGCAAUGCCUUUGGAGGAGCUUGUCAGUUUCCAUUUAAGUUCUUGGAGAACUGGUAUGCCGAAUGCACAAAGGACGGCCGUGCAGACGGGGGGCUGUGGUGUGCAACAGAGAGAGAUUAUAAUAAAGACAAGAAAUGGGGCUUUUGUCCCACUCGAGCAUCCUUAGGCUGGGACACUGACCCGGUCACAGGCGUUCAGUAUCAGAGGAACCCUCAAUCAGUGUUGACCUGGCAUCAGGCCAGGAAGAGCUGCCAGCAGCAGGGAGCCGACCUCCUCAGCAUUGUAGAACUACACGAACAGUCAUACAUUUCAGGGCUGAUGAGUAAUUUGGGAGCGACUCUGUGGAUUGGACUCAACAGCUUGGAUUUUGAGAGUGGAUGGCAGUGGAGCAAUGGAAACCCAUUUAGAUAUUUAAACUGGGCUCCAGGUCAUCCCUCAUCUGAGCCCGGGCUUUCCUGUGCCACCCUAAACGCUGGGAGAGACUCAAAAUGGGAAAGCUUGGCCUGCUCCAAGAAACUUGGUUACAUUUGUCGAAAAGGAAACUCUACAAGUCUGCCUCCACCCCCGAACAAGAACCAGCCUAGCUUCUGCCCCAAUAACUGGGUUCCAUAUUCGAGUAACUGUUACUACCUGGAGAGGAGGAGUAAACUGAUGUGGAAGGACGCGUUGGCUGCAUGUCACAAAAUGGGAGGAGACCUGGCCAGCGUACACAACAUAGAAGAGCAGAGCUUCAUGAUAUCUCAGUCUGGAUAUUUGCCGACAGACGAGCUUUGGAUUGGCCUCAACGACCAGAGGAACCAGAUGCUGUUUGAAUGGUCAGAUCGCUCCCAUGUUACCUUCGCCCAGUGGCAGACCGGUGAGCCAUCUCAUGCCACCAAUCACCAUGAAGACUGUGUCCUUAUUAGAGGAAAGGACGGGAGGUGGGCUGACCACACGUGUGAUAAGGCACAUGGUUACAUCUGUAAGAUGAAGGCCUCAAUAACACCAGGCGGGGGUCUCCACGAGUUAGCUCACCCGGGAUGCAAACUUGGCUCUAUACGGUAUGGCUCUUAUUGCUACAAAGCAGGAUCUGAGACAAAAACUUUUGAGGAGGCAAAGCGGGCAUGCUCAGAGACUGGCUCUUUUCUGGUGGAUAUAGCUGACAGAUAUGAGAACGCUGUCUUGGUCAGUUUGGUGGGUAUGAGACCAGAGAAGUAUUUUUGGACAGGUCUCUCUAACAUGGACGACAUACACACUUUCAAGUGGACCACCAGAAGAAAAGUCCUUUUCACUCAUUUUAAUAUUGACAUGCCAGGCAGACAUCAAGGAUGUGUCGCCAUGUUAACCGGAUCUUUUGGUGGAUUAUGGGAUGUUGUCAGCUGCAGCAGCAAGGAGAAGUAUAUCUGUAAGAAACCAGCAGAAGGUGUCCAGGUGACAACAGUUCCACCUACCACCCCAGCCCUGAGCUGUGAGAGCGGGUGGAACCCUGUUCCCGACAGGAACGUAUGCAUCAAACAUUACAAAAAGGUAAACAGCCUAAAGAAAACUUGGCAAGAGGCGGAGGACUUCUGCGUGGCCAUUGGAGGGCAUCUGAUGAGCAUACACAGUGAGAGGGACCUGGGUAGCACUGCGAUUCGUUUUUCAGACCCAUCCUGGAUAGGCUUUCGCCUGGGUACCAAUCAAGGUUUUGUCUGGAGUGAUGGCUCAGCUUCCAGCCAUGAGAACUGGGGCUAUGGUGAACCAAACAACCACAAUGACAUGGAACACUGUGCAGAGGUCUACACUUACUAUGGACGGUACUGGAAUGAUCGACACUGUGAGGGCUACAAUAACUGGAUAUGCCAGAUCAAAAAAGGUGUGAUUCCUAAACCUGAGCCUGCUGUAAUAGAAACAGUAUGGAACACUACAGCAGAUGGCUGGCUUAUAUACAAUGACACACAAUAUUUCAUCAAUGAAGAGGAACAAGAUAUGGAAAAUUCUAGAGCCUUCUGCAAAAAGAACUUCGCCGAUCUUGCGGUCAUCACAGGAGAGAGUGAGAGGAAGUUCCUUUGGAAAAAGAUAAUCAAAGGCUCUUACAAUCAGUACUAUAUUGGCAUGACAGUGAAUUUGGAUAAGUCAUUUAGCUGGGUAGACGACACACCUGUAACAUACACUGCAUGGGAAAAGAAUGAGCCCAACUUUGCUAAUAAUGAUGAAAACUGCGUGACCAUUUACAAAAGCAUGGGACACUGGAAUGAUAUUAACUGUGGUUUGGAGCUGCCCUCUAUUUGCCAAAGAAGCAGUACUUUUAUUAAUGCAACAGUGGUCCCAACAACUCCUCCAAAGGGAGGAUGCGCCCCAGAGUGGCUCUCUUUCCGAGGGAAGUGCUACAAAGUAGUUUCGGGGAAUGACAAGAAGAAUUGGCAGGAUGCGAGGGCGCACUGCCUUAACCAGGGGGGAAAUCUGGUUUCUAUCUUAAAUGAGGGAGAACAAGCAUUCCUUACUACACUGAUGCUGAAAAACAAUGAAGAUAUAUGGAUCGGCAUGAAUGAUGUAAACUGGGAGAUGCACUUUGUGUGGACGGAUGGGAAAGGCAUAUCUUACACAAACUGGGCCAAAGGGCAUCCUACAAGAGUACCUGAUGGACGAUAUGAUUCAAUGGAUGAGGUGUUCGACUGUGUGGUAAUGGUGGGCAGCACUCCAAAAAUAAUUGGAUCCUGGAAAGUUGAGGAGUGUUACUCAAAACUUGGCUUCAUCUGCAAAAGAAAUGUUGAUUCUCAGAUUGUAGUACCACCCACGACUGUGCAACCAAAGGCUUUCUUCAAACUUGGCAACGACUCGUAUAAACUGGUGGCCCAGAAGAUGAAAUGGGAUGAGGCGCGGAGGCAGUGCCAAGCAGACGAUGCCGAUCUUGCCAGUAUCCUGACCCCCAUAAGCCAGGCUUACAUCACCUUGCAGAUUUCCAAGCACAAUGAGCCAGUGUGGAUCGGCCUCAACAGCAACGUGACAAAUGGGCGGUACAAGUGGGUCGAUAACUGGCUCCUGUCGUACACCAGAUGGGGCAUAGACGAGCCUAAAAACAACUAUGCUUGUGUUUAUAUUGAUGUGGAUGGAAGAUGGAAGACUGGGUCAUGCACCGGUACCUACUAUUCAAUCUGUAAGAUGUCACCAGACAUAGCACCAACUGAGCCCCCACAACUACCUGGCAAGUGUCCAGAAUCAAAACGGCAAACAGAAUGGAUACCUUUCAGAGGCCAUUGUUACUCCUUCUUGAGCUAUUACGAUGGAAGUUGGGCCUCUGCCUCAGUUGAAUGUCUGAAGAGGGACUCUUCCCUGGUCAGUAUUGAAGACCGUCAGGAGGCUACGUUCAUACAGCAAAACGUCCACCUUCUACAGGAUAGUGCCAAGUCCUUCUGGAUCGGCCUCUACAAAACUCACGAAGGUGAGUGGAAGUGGAUAGAUAACAGUGUUGUGGACUACACCAACUGGAAAAAGGGGAUGCCACAGUCUGAUCUAUGUGUGGAAAUCAACUCUGAAAGUGGACAGUGGAAUACAAAAAGAUGCUAUAGAAGUGGAUGUUACAUCUGCAAAAGGGCUAAAGAUAUUCUCCCAACAGAAAAGCCACCAGCUGUUGCUCAUGUCGUUAAAGAAGCUUCACACGGCUCUGCAGGCAUCACCGUGGCUGUUGUACUAGUUGUAAUAGCCAUAGUUGGACUCGGUGCCUUCCUACUUUUCCGCAAACGGAUACCCGCCCCUGUCUUGGGAGAAGGCACAUUUGAUAAUAAAUUAUACUUCGCCAAUCCAAUCCGAGCACCUGUAGACACCAAGGGUCUGGUGGUCAACAUAGAGCAAAAUGAACAAGCAUAGAAGACAUGGAAACAGUGGAAAUCACAUGAUUAGAGACUUUUAUCUUGGUUUCCUGCUUUAUUUUUGGCUAACCUUACUGGGAACUAAACCUUAACAAAAACUGACAGUGGUUUUCCAUUCAGAUUAUAAUUCACUCAAGCCCUGGCAUUGAAUAAAGUGAAAUAGCGAACCGAAAAUCUCUGUGAAAAAUCAUUGACAGCUUCAGUAUGAUCAUUUAAUUUCAGAAAUGUGUACAAACUAUUUUAAUACUACCAAUCAUAUUCUUAUUUGAAACCAUUGAUAAAAUCAAGGAAGGUUGAAAUGUUGAAUCAAUGCUAAUAACAAGAUUUCCUAAUGGGAUUGGUUCUUUUAGCAUUCUCCAAGGGUUGUUAAUUAACCUUUUCAGCUUACAAAAUUGUAAAUAG